AUGGACGCCUCGACGAUCCCGGAGCCUCCCCCCGCUCCAUCAGACCCCCAGGGCUUCAGCAAAUCCAGUCGCACCUGGACGACACCGGUCGAUUUGGAAAGCUCGAGUCGCAGCAAUGGACGUUCGUCGAUUGAUUCCACCUCCGACAGGCCCAAGUCGUCGCAGGCCGGCGAGGGCGCUGAUUCCGCCAAGGCAGGACCAAGCGGGCUUGCUAAGCUCCUCCCUGCCCGGCGACGACGAAAGAAGAAGAGUCAGACGCAGAUGGAUGAGUUCAUAUUAUCGGCGGCCAGCUCAGAUAAUGGCAAGGAAAAAGAUAAUGGGGGCCGGCCCAAUGAGUCCCGAGAUGGGAAUUCGGUUACAUCGUCAACUAUGAAUGAGAACCCGCAAGAGAGCGAAGGUGUCAACCUGUUGACUGAUGACUCUGAACCGGAUCGGACCCCACCGCUUACUUCCCACAAUUCCCAUGCUGGCUUUUACACGACUUCUUCACCGCUGAUAAAAACAACCUCCGUGCAGGCAAACGAUAACGACGACGUUCAGGCUGAUGUAGAAUCCGCCCCGAGUUUGGAGGCUUCGGGAUCCAAUCCAGACACAGAGCUCUCAAGGUCUACCACCCAGCCCGUCUCGACAUUGGAUGUCCCCGAGGAUCGUAACGGAAAGAAGAGAGGCGUGUCGCCGGGACGGCGGCUAAAGAAUGCGUUCAGCUCCAACUCCGACAAGAAGAAUUCAAAUAGUAGCCGAGAUCGCGCAUCCUCUACCUCUACCGAGAGCAAAAAGAGUGUGAGUCUCUUUGGGAACAGUGGCAGAAGAGGAAGUCUCUCAGCAAAGAGGGCACAGACUGCUGUGGCAGCUGAGCCUCCCCCGCCAUUGCCAUUGGCCAUCCGCACCGAUCUUACGGAGGAUAAACCACGCGAACCAUCGGAGAACCAGGCUCCAAAGACACCUCCUCACACAGCAAUUCCGGCCCCAGCUCCACAAACGACAUUGACUCCCCCCACCCCGUCAGAGAACCGAGUGCCAUUCCCGAAACUAGUUACCUCACCUGAAGCUAUAAAAUCCCCCGAGUCUGUGAAGUCCAACGAAUCUUUCCCGCCAGGUGUUGUUGUGAGCCCGUCAGGAAAUAUGAUAUCUCAUCGGCGAGUGCGUUCCGCUUCUUCAGUCCAAUCUCAUAGGCCCAGCAAGCUGUCAAAUUCCAUCUCCGCGAUAAGCCCCCCAACAAUCGAGGAGGUAAAGAAUGCCUCAAGGUCACCUUCUGCUGCCCAGCAGAGCGGCUUCUUUUCGUCUGUAUUCAGCGUAGCUCAAAAUGCUGCAAAUACUCUAAGUAGCAGUCUCAAUACACAGCCAAAAGGCCGCAGUGCAACUCAACCCACUUCCGCCGGAAGUGAGAAUGUGCCGGUUGAAGGCCAAGAGCAGACCGCAGCGGCAGACGAGGGAGAGGAGAAGAAACCGCUAGCUGUCGAAACUCUUGGGUCGGGGGAUCUAAAUUUCGACCAUCUGGAAAUAGAUGUGCCGCCCGGCGGAGCAGUUGCUACUCCUGAUGGAGUUGUCAUUACGAAACCCGAUGUACCACCGGAGAAACGCAAAAACACGGCAGUCAAUCAGCGUGAUGAGGAAGCGGCAAGGCUUGAGGACAAGCGCGCUGCGCGUGCAGUUUACAUGGCCUAUGGAAAGCCAUCUGAAGUCUCUGUGAUCCCCCCUUCUGAAGAUGGGAUAGAGCUGCAGUCAAGUACAUCGCUUCCGAAAGAACUCCCUAGCGACCAAACUCCCCCAGGAAGUGUUCUCGAUGGAGAACCUGGCAGCGGACUUAAGAGAAGCGGCAGUGUACGGAGUCGUCUGGCCCGUCGUCAUCGGGGUUCCUCAGCAACUACAUCAACUAUCGGCGCGAUUGGUGCUGGCGCCAUUGCCCUAGGUGUUCCAGGUGCCAACUCCAGUAUGCCUCGACUAACUGGUUUCGCUGUUGCCAGUAAGAAACGGAACAGGGACUUUCAUCAACUGUUCCGUAGCGUCCCCGAGGAUGACUAUCUAAUUGAGGAUUAUAGCUGCGCUUUGCAGCGAGAAAUCAUUCUUGCCGGCAGGAUCUAUAUCUCGGAAGGUCAUAUUUGCUUUUCUAGCAAUAUCUUGGGCUGGGUAACAACUCUCGUAAUCAGCUUCGACGAAGUGGUGGCGAUAGAAAAAGAGUCAACUGCAAUGGUUUUCCCCAAUGCAAUCGCGAUCCAAACCCUGCAUGCUCGUCAUACCUUCCGAAGCUUACUCAGUCGAGAGUCUACAUAUGACCUGAUGGUUAAUAUCUGGAAGAUCAACCACCCCGCUCUGAAGAGUUCUGUAAAUGGAACACGGAUAGCUCAUGGCACUGGCGACAAAACAGAAAAGGCUGGAGAAAGUGACGUGGAAAGCGACGAUUCAGAUGAGGAUGAGGUAUACGAUGAGGAUGAAGAUGGCGAUGGUGCCGACAGCUUUAUUGAAGCCGGGGAUGCAAGCGUUAAUGGAAGCGAUAAAUCGAUGCCCAUGAAAGGUCCCAGCCGCAAGGCAUCAGGUCUCUUGCCUACUGCCAAUGGCGCGGGAGGCGCAGCAGGAAGCUCUAAUGGCGACGCCAAAGGUGACAAAUCCGGCGGAGAUGCAGAUACAGACUUUCCGGGCCCAACUACACAUGCGCCAACAGAGUACACCGAUCCUGCUGGUCAGUAUGACAAAGUCAUCAAAGAUGAGAUAAUCCCAGCUCCUCUUGGGAAAGUCUACUCUCUGGUCUUUGGGCCUGCAUCCGGCGCCUUUAUAUCCAAGUUCCUUGUUGAAAACCAGAAAUCUGGAGAGCUUCAGUUUGAAAGCGAAAAGAAAGGCCUGACAAAUGAGAGCAGGACCAGACAAUAUUCGUAUAUAAAACCUCUCAACGCCCCUAUUGGGCCUAAACAGACCAAGUGCAUCACUACAGAGUACAUGGAUUUCCUAGAUCUGGAAAAGGCAGUCCUUGUGACGCUUUCGACGCAGACACCUGAUGUACCCAGUGGAAAUGUUUUCUGUACCAAAACUAAGUACCUUUUCACAUGGGCACCUGGAAAUCAAACACGAUUUUUCCUGACAUGUACCAUAGAAUGGUCUGGAAAGAGUUGGUUGAAAGGUCCCAUUGAAAAAGGCGCCGUUGAUGGACAAGGAGCCUUCGGAACCGAUUUGAUCCAAGCUCUCAAAGCGGCAGUUGUACCUCGCAGCCGUUCCGGUACUAAGACUGGAGGUGGUAAAGGAAAAGGCAAGCGGAAGAAGGGAGGUUCGGCCACCGAAGAGCCAUCUCCAGCUUCUAUGAAGGCAACAAGCGAUGCUAGCGCGGGCCAGGCGGAUUCUUGGGGUGUUCUAGAGCCGCUACAUGGUCUGCUUGGACCUAUUGUUGACAUUGUCAAGCCCUUGUUGAGCGGAAAUAUUGUCAUCCUUCUUGUUGGAAUCCUGCUUUUUAUGCUCUUUUUCCGCAGCCCCGCCCAGCCAGCCAUGCUCUCACAUGACAUAGGAUGUCCUGGGUAUUCACUGCCCCAACGACUGGCAGCCUAUGAAGAGAUGUGGCGCAGAGAAGAGAGCGAACUCUGGAGUUGGCUAGAAGACCGAGUUGGCAUGGAUGGCAUGGUCUUUCCAACCGCCAAUAGACCACUUAAUUCACAAAUACGCCAAAAGCCCCGAAAGAUCCAAGGCGAACGCGAGAUGGCGGAAAAGCUGAGCGAAGAGAAGAUGUCUGAUCGAGAGAUGGAUCACGCUAUACGCACGACGCGUGAGAGACUUGGUGUUCUUGAAGAAAUGCUGACCAAGCGAAAAGCGCAAUGGACAGUUGACGAGGAGGUAGUAGUGCACCAAGAACUAUAG